AUGGCCGUGGAUGGACACUUGGUUGACAAGGAGAGACGCCGUCUCACAUCAUCAACUCGUGAUGGCGGGGCAGUGUUUCGCUCGGUUCAUCAUUCCAAGUGCAUGAUAGCAUUGCUUAAUCUCUUCACGGUAUUGGUACGUAGCAGCAAGUGUAGAGAAGCCCCGUGGACUAGCACCGGCGGCGGACGCUACCCAUGGUGGACUGCUACACUUGGUCCCUCAUUGCAGCAUUCUGAGUUACACGACUUCACCGCUCAAGCAAGGCAUACUACACAAAACCCCACUCGACCUGCAGCAAGCGGUCUGCUCACCCUCUCCGACACUCCUCGGCUGUGCCCACCGAGCUACCAUGUGCAGGAAACAAGAAGGCCGGAGAAAGAGGGCGGAUGUAGCAGCCAAGCCGUACGGUACGGAGCGGAUGCUCUAUGCGAACUUGGUUUCAGGCACCGUUCCAUCCCAUAUUCAAGCUACGCUGUUCGCCAAUGUCUGAUGCCUGUGUGGUCGACAAAGCCAUUACCGUUACAAGGCUUACGUCCUUCGAUGCAGCCGAUCUCAGGCACGUCAGUCACAUGCGCAGGCUUGCUCAUCUGCAUUUCUCCCUUUCAGCCCGCCACACGGCCGCCAUCCCUGGAGUCGAGCACAGGCGAUCAGGUAACAGUGGAGAAGGACGCAUCUCUUGCGAAUGAGUCACAGACAGCGGUGUUACCCGCCAAACGACCAGGUUCCUGGGACAAAGCGCUUUCCAUGUGCCAUCAGGUCCGACUGCCGGCCACAUCUCGGUAUCGCUGGUGGCUCAAAUUCCUUUACCGCUACAAUUAG